AUGGCAACCGUCAUGUCAACGCGCCUCGUCCGCCUCUCCGCUCCCCUUGCGCACCUCCGGGUGACCGCAGUGCCUACCCGGGUUUUCAUCUCGCGCUACAGCACCAGCACCGAUGAAGACGUCAUCAAGACCCAGCAGAUCCCAGCCCCAGGCUCAGGGCAUGUGCGCGUACUACAGCUGAACCGACCCCAAGCCCGUAACGCGAUCUCGAAGCACUUGCUCGACACCCUCGCGAAGCAUGUGGACGCCAUCGCCGCGGAAGGUGGCAACGGACCUACCCGCGCCUUGGUUCUAGCGAGUAGCGCCGACUCAGCAUUCUGCGCCGGCGCAGAUCUGAAAGAACGCGCCAAGAUGUCCCAGGCUGAGACCGAAGACUUCCUUCUUAAGCUUCGCAGCACAUUCAAAAACCUCGCCUCCCUCCAGAUCCCCACCAUCUCCGCAGUCUCCUCCAUGGCACUGGGCGGCGGCCUGGAGCUCGCGCUGUGCACGCACAUGCGCGUCUUCGCCUCGUCUAGCGCCGUCGGCCUCCCAGAAACUCGUCUUGCCAUCAUCCCCGGUGCUGGAGGCACAUACCGUCUCCCUGCCGUUGUCGGUGUCAACCGCGCCCGCGAUAUGAUUCUCACCGGUCGCCGGGUGACGGGUCCUGAGGCCUACUUUAUUGGACUUUGUGACCGGCUUGUGGAGGUGCUGCCUGAGGAAGAGGCGCAGGAGGGCGUUGCGCGCGAGAGGGUGCUCCGCGAGAGUAUCAAGUUGGCGCUGGAUAUCUGUGAAGGUGGUCCGAUUGCUAUCAAGAUGGCGAUGCAGGCUGUUGAUGCCUGGACUCUUGGUGAGCGGGCUGAGAAUGCUGCUUACGAGGGUGUCAUCGAGACAGAGGAUCGGUAUGAGGCGCUGCGCGCCUUUGUCGAGAAGCGGAAGCCGGCGUUCCGUGGUCGAUAA